AUGUCUCUUCACAUCGGCCAACAGUUCAGCUCGUAUGACGAGUUUAUGUCGACGAUUCAGGCCUUCCAGGAAGCGACUCGGCAUCGAUUCAUCAAACACUACCAAAAAACCGUGCAAUGGGCAACUCAAAACAACGUCGUUCCUCCGCCUCAGCCAAGACUGAAAUACUACAAACUCAAAAUGAACUGCAGUCGCAAGGAAUCGAAAGCGACGGGCGACUGCGGCACGUGGUUUCGGAUGGGUGUCACAAAAGAUGGCGAAAAACUCGAAAUUGUGGCCCUCGAGCUGAAAGAGUGCGGACCACCAGUCGACGAAACUCCACCCCCUCCACCGAACCACGAUAACAAUCCUACGAUGAGUCCCAUGAUGCAACCUUCGCCCGUGUACUACGAUCAGCAGAUGUACCAGCCGAUGGAGCAAUACCAAGCGCCACCUGCACAAUACGAUAUGGCGACCUACCAGCAGCCGAAUCAGGGUGAUAUGCAACAGGGCUUGCCCUUACCUUCUUUCGGCCACCUGGGAGGUUUUCAGCAACCACCAAUGGUUUACGGCGAAGGAGCUCCGCAACAAUACGCCAGUCCAGUAUACCAACAGCCAAACUACCAGCAGGUGGAUUAUUCGGGCCAACAGAUGUCGGCGUACCCUCCUCAACCGUUGUAUUCUGCUCCCCCGGCUCAUCAUCACGAGCAGAACCUACCCCAAGGCUUGCCCCCGGUCCCAAUGGCGGGACCGGCUCCUCCUCAGAACGCUCAAGCUCUACAGCAAAGCCAUCCGGCCCAGAACCAGCUGCAAGCCCCUCACAUGCCAAGUUUCCCUCAGAACCCACAGAUGUACCAACAACUAGCUCAAGAUCAGCCGCCCCCUCCGCAGCAACAACCGGUGCCGCCACAGCAACAACAAGCGCAAUAUUACGCACCGAUGCCCGAGGUCAUGCCACCGCCUCCUCCAACUCAACACUAUCAGGAGAUGCAGCCUAUGCCGCAAAUGGUGGCGCCGCUUCCAACUGAUUUGAGUAGAGACCAGAUGGCACCGCAGGCUCCGACGCCGAUGCGACCCUCGGUUGUUCAUCAGCACCUCUCCGCUCAAACGAUGAAUCCCUACGUCGAACAGGCCCCGGGUAUGCUCUACACGGAACUGGGGCAAGCUUCGCAACAAAUGUUCGGUACCCAUUUGGAAAAAGCGCUUCUCGACGGAGUACAACACAACGAUAGUAAGCCGAUGAAGCCAGACGGGGAUUCGGCCGUCGGAUCAACUCAGAAACCUCUAAUGUCUUGUCUGGAGUCGAGUCUUCCGGAAGCACCCACCGGUCCCUUACAAUUAACGUCCAUGAAGAAUAAGAAUCACUCGAACGAUCAACACAGCCCUCAGCAGCAACAUACUCAAAUAAUUAAUCUUAAAGAUCUCAGCGCAUCGGCUCCGCCUCAAGUUGGGUCACCCAAUAAGCAGGCAGCAGCGUCAACUUUACAGGCCUUAUUGGGCAGGCCUAGAAGAACUUCAGGAUCUUCAAAUGCCUCACAGCGUAGUCACAACUCUGAUUCAGAUCUAUCUGCCGAAGCUGACGAUAAGGCUCGAGGUCCGGUUCCGGACUUUCACCUGGGAGCACUGUUUCGAUCUUACAAGCAAGCAGAACAGGCCGUCGAGAAAUACGCGUCUCCGAUGGGCUACAGGUUCAGAAAGAUCGGUUCAAUGCUCCUGAAACGCAUCGAAGGCAAAGAGAAGCUGAAAGAGCAAUUUGCGAACGCCAAUGCGGAUCCUGGGAUAAAGUAUUUUGCGCUCAAAUUUCGUUGCGUGCGAUCUCGGCAGCUAACCAUGGUAUCGAACUACGUCAAGAAAAAGCGGGACGACGACGGACAGCUGAUAGAAACUCCACCGGUCGACUCCAACGCGGCGAGAGUAAUCAAAAAUUCUUCUUCUAAUUUUAGGCCCGUCGGAUCGUGCAACGCACGAAUAAGCUUUCAACUGAACAAGCACGGCACUGGCCUGGAGGUGAAACAAUUGGACGAGCAGCACGACCAUCCCCCGGACGACGAGAUCAAGGAUAGAUUCGCCAAGGGCUUAACGACUAAAUUCCGCCCGAAGGCGAGGAAGCAAAGCCAUGCCGUAGAGGCUCCUAAGCCUGAAGAAAAUAGUGUCCAGAGACCUGACGAAGUUAAAGCUCCAGUGAAUGCUCUAGACGAUUCGUUUUUGAAUGAACACCUUCUAUCGGACCAGCCAGAAGUCGAUCUGCUGACGAAUAUUCAAUCGCUCACCGACGAGAUCGAUAAGCUCAGUGAAACAGAUGAGCUUCCCGCCGAUCUGGCUUCGUUGAAAAAUGAAGAUCUAGGCGCAAUCAACGUGAACCCUACCUAUGAUCAAAAAGUGGUUCCUCUCCAGAACGGUGACGCCAUCAUAGGUCGAACUGUUUACGACGAUAAAGAGAGGGGCGUGGCUAUCGUCAAAGCCGAAGGGAAACUAAACGACGACACGCUGAGGAAAGACGCACUAAAAAGGUUGAACGGUCACCGGGAAACCACCGAGGAGCAGGUUGUGCCGAAAGAUCAUUGCAAGACGACAAGCAGCGUAGUUCAGCCGAAGGGUGUCGACGAAAGCGGGAAAAUCGUACCUGAGGUAUUCGAUGACGAGAAAUUCGGGGCCGCGAACGAUGAUAACGCCGACAGCACCAAAGCGGAAUGCUCGUCGCGGGCUCAAAGCAUCCAAGGCGACCUCAGCAAGGACUCGUCACCGGCGAUCGCGGCACCGUCGAACGAAGAAGACGACAAGAAGACGAAACGACUUUUCGAACGUGAAAUUAAGAAGCUCGAAAUCAAUAUGUGUGAAAACGUUGUCACUCCGAACGCGGUGUUUUCGCUAAGGAAAAGAUCUUCGAAGGGAGGAGCAUCGCCAGAGCACACCUCGGGGGUUUCGGCACCCGCUGGUGGAACUGUUAAGAAGCGAAUCCAAGAUGCUGAUCUGAAGAAAGGCGAAGAUGACGACGGCAAGCUCGCAGAGGCUAACAACAACAUCAACUGCAGCAGCAACAACAACACCUGUAGCAGCAGCAGCACCAACCCCAACAAUUACAACGACAGCCUCGAUUGUGAAUCUUUCAGAGAGACAAAUGCAGCUGCUGUCAAGGUGCAGGACAACAGCACCGGAAGCUCCGUUCUUAACAACAGCAACGGAAACGCAGAAACCUCGUCGCGACGACCCUCGAGAAUGCGAACUCGUGGAAAACGUUGCCGAACUACUUCCAACGGUUCGCUUCUCGCGGAUAAGAGCUGCGAGAAAAAUCCGAGAAACUCUCGCGGGAACGGGGAGCAUUACGAGAAGAACCCAGACGUGCGCGCGGCUAAAAGAACCCGCGUGGAAGACAUCACAAAGAGUCAGCACGAAUUACGCGCUUGUAAGGUUUUAGUACAAAUGGCUGAUCUUCCCAAAGAUUUCGAGGUAUAUUGGAGCAAAGAGGACAUAGCUAAACAGCUGCAAGACGCUGACCGGGAAGAAUGUCAAGAUAUUCUCAAGAGUCUCGGAGAGAUAGUGCAAACGAGCGAAGGAGAUACGCUCUCGCAACACAAAGCAUGUUUGACAAGUCUUCUGUACCAUUGGCGCGCCGGGAGACCCGUGACGCUCGCGGUCCCGGAAUCGGCCCCGGUGACGGACUGCAAUGCGGCGCCGGGACCGGCAGCUUCGAUGGCGGUCUCGAGUCCCGCAGCAGCGUCUUCCGUAUAG